AUGAUUUUACAAGGGACAAAUUUGGUUGCUGGGAUUGAUCAUCCCAUGCAUUUACAUGGAUACAGUUUUUAUGUUGUUGGGUGGGGAUUUGGAAACUUUGAUGAAGAUAAGGACCCGUUGAACUAUAAUCUUGUCGACCCUUCCCUUCGUAACACAGUUUGUGUCCCCAAAAAUGGCUGGACAGCCAUCAGGUUCAAGGCAAGCAAUCCUGGAGUGUGGUUUAUGCAUUGCCAUCUUGAACGUCACCUGUCAUGGGGCAUGAAUACAGUAUUUAUAGUGAGAAAUGGAAAGCUUCUCGAGGAACGUCUGCUUCCGCCACCCCCAGAUAUGCCACCAUGUUGA